AUGGGCCCAGUUACCAGAAAGCUCACUCGUCUCAACGACAAUGAGAAACAUCAUCUCAUAACCAACUUCGACAGACUCCGCACCGAGCUCUUAUGCCCCGAAUGCAACAACAAAGCUACUCUCUCACACAACGGAUAUUCCCGUGAUACAUACCGCCAUCCUCGUUUCGCAUGUCGUAAAUGCCAAAAGCAACCAAAUCAUGACAAAGUACUUGAAGCAAUCAAAAACCACUCCAACCAAACCGACACAGCGCCAUCCUUGGAGAACAACCCCGCAUCUGCCCCUGCAACUCAACCAGCUCCUGAAGAGAACACCACUAUCGACACUGAAGAAUACCUUUUCGACUCACCUUCCGGCAAUUGGGCUGAUGAAAUGGAAGCAGCAGAACAAGCAGAGGCUCAGCAUUUGAAUUCACGGCCACCAUUGUUGCCCAACCAACAGGAAGAUCUACCAGCCACUGUCAGCAGCAUUAUGACAGAAUUAAAUUCACUCCGCUCCCAAGUGCAACAACAGGACAACUUACUCCCAUCGAUCCAUGCUCCCACAUACAGCCAACCUAGCCAACCUACCAAUAGCCAACAUACCACUAAAUCCACCAACCCAUGGCACCAACCAGACCGAGUCAACCAGCUACGACGUCGACAUCAACCUACCGAAGCAACAAUCCAACGCCGUAAACAAGCUGCAGCUAGGGCCUUUCAACCCCUAUCAUCAACCCAUGGAUUUCAAUACACUUACUUCUACUCCCAAUCUCGCAUACGCACCAACGCCGUGAGAGCCCGUUUUAGAAAACUCGGCAUUGAUAAUGGCCGUGUCCUCGACAUCCACUAUCCUGAUUAUCAGGUAUUAGCAGUCCUAACACACAAUGAUUAUGUAGCAGAGCUUAAACAGCUUAUGGCUGAACAAGGCAUCUACCCAAUGGACAAAUUCAGCCCUGAUGACCCAACACGCCUUCGAGAUCCUAAAUACAAGGACCUUGAUAACGCCCAACGCCAAACCAUUGCCACCAAUCUCUAUAAGCAACGCCUCCGAAAAGCACUCACCAUCAUCCGCAUACCAGUACGCUAUGCAGUUGCCCGAAGCUUUUAUCGCCAAGAGCUCAUCACUGAAGACAAACUCAACGAGAUCCUUGGCAAAAAAGACACCCCACCACCUACAGCCUCCCAACAAUCCCAAGCUGCAGCAAACUUCCAACAACCCGCCCACACCAACCAACACGAUACCCAACAACCAACAACACCAGCUACCCCCAAUCCCAAUGACACCGAUACGGCAAUGACUGAAAAUGAGCCCACAGAAAACAACGACUCCGAUAUACAUGAGGGGUCGCCUCGUUUAUGA